GCGGGGCCGCGCGGAGGAGACGCACCAAUCAGCGGCUCCCCCGGGCUCACGACCGGCCUCAGCGCCCAGAGCAGGCGGCGCGCUGGGACCCGGCCCUCCCUCGGACAGCGCCCCCCCCCGCGCUCAGUGCCCCCGCGUGUCCUGGCCGGGUGGCCCGGGCCGGCCGGAUGGAGCGGAGGAUGAAAGGCGGAUCUCUGGAUCAGCAAGUGCCCUACACCGCCUGCAGCAAACUGUCCGGAAAUGGGAGCCUUCGCGAAGGGCUGAUGGUUCCGCAGAGGAAGCUCAUGGACCCUGGCUCCCUGCCGCCCCCCGACUCGGAAGAUCUCUUCCAGGAUCUAAGUCACUUCCAGGAGACGUGGCUCGCAGAAGCUCAGGUACCAGACAGCGAUGAGCAGUUCGUCCCUGAUUUCCACUCGGAAAACUUAGCUUUUCACAGCCCGACCACCCGGAUCAAGAAGGAGCCCCAGAGCCCCCGCGCUGAGCCGGCCCUGUCCUGCAGCAGGAAGCCGCCGCCCCCCUACCACCAUGGCGAGCAGUGCCUUUACUCCAGACAAACCGCCAUCAAGUCCCCUGCCCCCGGCGCCCCUGGACAGUCGCCCCUGCAGCCCUUCCCCCGGGCAGAACCGCGGGGUCUCCUGAGGUCCUCCGGGCCCAGCCAGCCCCACCCCGGCCACGGGCACCUCGGGGAGCACAGCCCUGUCUUCCAGCAGCCCCUGGACGCCUGCCACUCCUUCACGCCUUCCCAGGGAGGUUCCGGGGACCCCCUGGCAGCCCCCUACCAGCACCCGCUGCCGGAGCCCUGCCCGCCGUACCCGCACCAGGGCUUCAAGCAGGAGUACCACGACCCCCUGUACGAGCAGGCGGGCCGGGGCGGGCUCCGCGGGCACAGGUACCCGGGGGCAGGGGUGGUAAUCAAGCAGGAGCAGACUGACUUCGCCUACGACGCAGAUGUCCCUGGCUGUGCCUCGAUGUACCUCCACCCAGAGGGCUUCUCAGGGCCUGCUGCCGGUGACCGGGCCAUGGGUUAUGGCUAUGAGAAAGCUCUGCGACCUUUCCCAGAGGACGUCUGCGUGGUCCCUGAGAGGCUGGAAGGGGACAUCAAGCAAGAGGGGCUCGGGGCAUUCCGAGAGGGGCCGCCCUACCAGCGCCGCGGCGCCCUGCAGCUCUGGCAGUUCCUGGUGGCCCUGCUGGAUGACCCCACGAACGCACACUUCAUCGCUUGGACUGGCCGGGGGAUGGAGUUCAAGCUGAUCGAGCCUGAGGAGGUUGCCCGGCUCUGGGGCAUCCAGAAGAACCGGCCAGCCAUGAACUACGACAAGCUGAGCCGCUCGCUGCGGUACUAUUAUGAGAAGGGCAUCAUGCAGAAGGUGGCUGGGGAGCGCUACGUGUACAAGUUCGUGUGCGAGCCCGAGGCCCUGUUCUCCCUGGCCUUCCCAGACAAUCAGCGGCCAGCUCUGAAGGCCGAGGCUGACCGGCUGGUCAGCGAGGAGGACACAGUCCCUUUGUCCCACCUGGACGAGAGCCCCGCCUACCUCCCGGAGCUGGCUGGCCCUGCCCAGCCCUUUGGCCCCAAGGGCGGCUACUCAUACUAGCUGUCCACGCUGCCCAGCCACAGUGGGCCCUGCCCGUGUACAUAGCCAGGAAGCUGAGCCCACGGCCUGGGGCGGAUCCUGCGGCCCCUGGACCCACAGCCAGGGAAGGAGGAGAGGCCGCCUACAGGAGGACCUGGGAGCUGCGCCCGGAGCUCAGCUCAGCCUCUCCUGAUCCUGAGGCCACGGGCUCCCAGCUUACCCUGGCACUGGGGCCUGGGGUCCCCUGAGCCCCUCUGCUCCGGACUCCGUCCUGCCCAGGCCGUGGCCCUGAAGGGUGCUGUCAGCUCUUGGUGCUGUCUGGGGUGGGGCAGGACCCUGGGUGCUGUGGCCUGGGGGAGGGGCUCCUCCUGCGCCCGGGACCUUAAUAAAGGCCCUGCCUCCCUCA